UGUGUGUGUGUGUUUCGAUCCUCAUACCUCACAUUCACCCUCAAAGAUAGGUAUCGCUGAAAUCUACAGACUUCGAACAGCGCACCAACCAACGCGACUCGCGUGAUGCCUACCUAAGCGCAACUUAAUAGGUACAGGUAGUCAAGGAACACUCACUCACCUUCGCCGUGAUCAAGUUGCGCGUCGACUAUUUCAGCUACUCGCGAUGCCUCCUCGCUACUUCAAGAACGAUGCGACGCCCGCACGACGAGACCCGCGUCGCCAGCUUGAAGCCUCCCUCACACGCCUCAUAACAGAAUACCCUCCCUCCUCCAUCAAACCCGGCGGUGGUCUCUUCAAAGGGCCAGUCAGUGUCGCCUACGCCUUCCUCGUUCUACAAGGCUUGUACCCGGAUUUCGAGAUCGAAGGCCAUCCCCUCGGCGUCUGGUCAGCUGCCUACCUCAAACAUGCGCAAGACAAUAUUGCCUCGUAUCCUGGACCUCAGGUGGGAAAGUGUGGGAUUACAGACGACAUACUCGCACUCCUUGCCAUAGGAGCUGCCAGUUCAAAAGACGCGGAUAUGGCAUCAGAUCUGUGCGAUUACAGCGCUGAAGUACUGGAAGAGGAUACCGAGAAUGAACUCCUCUUUGGUCGGGCUGGAUAUCUCUAUCUGCUGAGACUUGUCAAAGCUUCUUUCAUGGAUGAGCCAAAGACUUUGCAGUUGAUCACGGACACGCAAGAUGAUGUCGUAGAUGCAAUUCUGGAUACCCCGCGGCCUUGGAAGUGGCAUGGAAAAGCUUACAUUGGUGCUAUCCAUGGUGCCAUGGGAAUCAUUACACAAGUCGUGCUGACGAACCCGAAGAAGUAUGCAGAGAAGUUGGAGGCGGAGUUGGCGGUGCUGUUGACGUACCAGUACGACUCCGGUAACUUCCCAAGCAGUGUACCUCCUGAGAGGGAUCGAUUGGUCCAGGUAUGCCACGGCGCACCCGGUGUGGUCACGAGUUUGGAGAGUAUCAAGGAAUACUUCCCAAAUCUGAAGGACCGGAUCGACAAGGCGAUUAUGAGGGGGAGGGAGUGUAUUCUGGAGCGAGGUCUUCUGACGAAAGAGCCAUGUUUGUGUCAUGGAAUUUCGGGGAAUGCGCUGGCGCUAGAAACAAAGGACUUUGAGCAUUUCCUCACGUAUACCACUGGACAUGAGAUGAAGUCCAUGGAAAAGGAUGGUAUGCUGGAGCAGUCGAGCGCACCCGAGUCUCUCUUCCAGGGGGAAGCUGGACGAGCGUGGACUUGGGCUGUGAGUGAGAAAGGCUUGCCGAAGAGGAUCCUGGGAUACAAUGAUUUGUAGUGGUCUGUUCACGACUGCGAGGCACUCGAUGAGCGAGAGGAUGGCCGAAUGACAUGACCUCCCGGCCGGGCAAUAGCACAUGGAGACGACGUUAUGACCCACAGCAGGAGAAACUCCGUACCUACCUAAUACGAGGCCGCAAUUCACAGGCGAGACAACCGGCGAACGUGACUUGCUCCUUUUUUUCAACCAGAGUAGCGCAUUUUCCCAGUUCCUGUGCUCCUGUUUGUGUAGUAGUUGGUCGGUGUCCAUGUCAACUUGGCAUCGUUACCGCACUCAGCGCACUGACGGCGUUCUAGUGAGCACAUUCCUUGCUGUUAAUGCUUGGCUGCGAGCUCCCACCACUCCCAUUUCCGGACAAAGCCCUGUCCUUGAGUGUGUUGACGAAAGCGUCUUGGAAUCGGCGCGGCAUGGCAUGGCAUGUUUGUGUUUUCCUUGUCCCACACACCAUGGAUGAAUACCUACCUACCUCCCUGAGUUCUACAGUACGUCGUCAAGUUCAUGUUCAUGUCCAAGUCUGAAUUCUGGAGUGUGAUGGCUGCCCGGAACCCGAAGUCGCACCCUACCAAUCAACUCGUCAAUGGAGUCUGGUUCGCAACGGCAGAAAGAUUCUAUUCAAAUGCUAAGUUUUGGCCCAAGCACAAUUAAGCAAUAGCGGUCCACGGCUCCACCAGACUAAGGUAAUCUAACAAACUU